AUGGCUCUGCUGCGGUCCCUUGUGCUCGUCUCUCUGUUAUUUAACUCGAGUUUCGCAGCGGUGUCCAAGGCGAUAGCGUUCUACAAGGACAACUUGUGCUCGUCGCCAUUAAGUAUGCAGGUCACUAAUUCCUCGGCGACCUGUACACCGCAGCCCUGUACCCAUAUUGAGUUCGGAGCCAAUAUGUACUAUUACAACACUACUUGUAUGGACAUCGACACAGACACUCACACGUAUAUAACAGUGGCGUUCUCAGGUACAAGACACAUCGUCAUCGACCAGUUUCGACAGCCUAAUUGCAGCAGCGAGACGUACACACAGACCCACGCACUACAAGACUUGGCUCACUGCGUACCCUACGCGAUCUCGUCCAUUUCGUUGGCACUAAACGCAUCAAGUAUCGCCACUAUAAUCGACAACGAAUCGAUCAAUGUUCAGUUCUUCCCUGCUACCAAUUGCAGUAUACAACCGGCAUCUGUAGCUUUACCCAACAAGACACAGGUGGCGUCACACAAAUGUUACCAGGCCAGCAAGUUCUACAUCAACACCAAUAGCAGCUCAAUCCCCGACGAGAUCACUAAUUCAUCGUCUUCAGACGCCUCUGUAAUGCCUCAAAGUACGACAGUCAGUGUCCAGAAUGGCCACAAAGUCACAUUUGUUGCUGUUAUCGUCGCUGCGGUAUUAAUUCUCGGUGCUAUUGGCGUUGUAACGUGGAAAUGGAGAUCAACUAAGCGAACGUUGCUACCACGAAACACCGAGAACGACAGCGUCGCGAUGCUGGAGGAUGAUUCAGUCUUCAUGUCCAAACCAGUAAGCGGGCGUACCUUCCUCCCAAGCAGCAGCACGUGCUCGAUUUUCCAAGAGAAAACCACACGAUCUUUUGCUCCUGCGCUCUCCAGCUUCGGCUCCAGUUAUCAAAUUUCAGGUCGCACCUUUGUAUCCAGUGCGUGUUCGACGCUUCCAGGAACGACAAUGAAUCGUCCAUGGGAAGACGAUUUCGUUGUGGCAGCCCGUAUCCCUCGUGAUAAGGUCGUUGUUGUUCAAUUGCUUAGUCGUGGGGGUUUCGGUGUUGUGUACUCUGGACUUUAUAAUGGUCGACGUGUUGCUGUAAAAAUGUUGUUACCUGAAACUCGACGUAGCAUUUCCCACGUUGUCGACUUAUUAGCCGAAGUCAAGAUGAUGGCGGCCAUGGAACAUCCUCAUAUUGUGGAAUUUAUCGGUGUAGCGUGGGAUUCUUUGACAAAUAUGUGUGUGGUAUCGGAAUUUAUGGCUGGAGGGGACUUGAAGGCCUUAUUGAGUGACUACGAAGAGCAGAAUCAUCCUAUGGGUUUCAACAGGGGAAAACUCAAGAUCGCUCUGCAUAUCGCUCAUGCUUUAACGUACAUGCACUCACUGGAUCCUCCGAUAAUUCAUCGAGAUCUCAAGUCCAAGAACGUCUUGCUUAAUGAGAAAUUAGACGCUAAACUCACGGACUUCGGUACGUCUCGAGAGCGAGUGAACGAGUCGAUGACUGGUGGAGUUGGAACGUGCUUGUGGAUGGCUCCAGAGGUGAUGAUAGGAGACAGGUAUGAUGACAAGGCCGACAUGUUUUCCUUUGGAGUCGUGUUGUCGGAGUUGGAUACGCACUUGUCGCCUUACUGGCAUGUCAAAGACCCCAAUGAUUCGAGUCGACAGAUGCCAGAGCCAGCUAUUCUGCAGAUGGUAGCGACUGGGAAGCUACAUGUUAAGUUCUCGAAAGAAACUAUUAAAGCUGUGGUGGAGCUGGGGAAUGCCUGUGUAUCUCUUGAUCCAACAACACGACCGACGGCGUCUGAUGCGCUCUAUAAGCUCCACACAAUAUUAGCAAACGAAUCUGAGAAAGAUGGAUUCGUUAAGUAG